AUCUUACUCAUGAAGGAAGAGGGUCCACUGCGUCGUAGGUUUUCUUCAUGUGCUGGGGUUUCGCUUCCUCCACGAGCUGAUGGUCGAAAACUUGUCCGGAAUGCUUCAUUCGGAGGAUACAAUGAACUUACUCCAAUCUUUCGAGGUUUUGACAAAGGAAAAGAUGACACAUUGCAGAGUAAAGAUGAUUCCACACAGUCUAUGUCAAAAAGCAAGUCUGAAUCUAAACUUUAUAAUGGAUCUGAGAAGGAGAUUGCAGCCACCACCACCUCUUCUACAAUCAAACUUACAAAGAAGGAGUCCCUUAAGGUUCAAAAGAAAAAUUACAGGGAAGAGAAGAAAAGAGCAACAAAAGAAUUACUUAGCACAAUUACAGACCCAUCGGUUAUUGUUAUGGCUGACUGGUUGAAGAUCCGUGGUACACUGAAAAGCUGGACCAAACUUUGGUGUGUGUUGAAACCAGGGGUAUUGCUCAUUUAUAAAACCCCUAAAAAUGGCCAGUGGGUGGGAACAGUACUUCUGAACGCUUGUGAACUCAUUGAACGGCCUUCGAAAAAGGAUGGGUUUUGUUUCAAACUUUUCCAUCCUUUGGAGCAAUCCAUCUGGGCUGUUAAAGGACCUAAAGGUGAAGCUGUUGGCUCUAUAACACAGCCAUUACCCAGCAGUUACUUGAUCAUCCGAGCAGCUUCAGAAUCAGAUGGUAGGUGUUGGAUGGAUGCAUUGGAACUAGCUUUGAAAUGUUCAGGUUUGCUGAAGCGUACUAUGAUUAGAGACGGCAAAGAACAUGAGCUGAACUCAUCAACAGACGUUGCACAUGUCUCUCUCUAUGGCCUCCUGCGUGCAAACAAUGUACAUAGUGGUGAAAGCUUCCCGUUAAAUGACAGUGAAAUGGAAAGGCAUCAUUUUAAAGAUCCAGAUUUGUAUUCGGAUAAAUCAGAUAAGGAAAAUGAUCAUGAUCGUGAUGAGUCAGACAAUGAUGGCUUGUUGGAAAGUGACUCUGACACAUCAGAGCGACAGGAUGACUCAUACAUUGACCCGGAACCUGAUCAUGUCAAGGAAACAACUUAUUUGGAAGAGGCUCAUGAAGAACUUGGGGAGGCAGGGGAAGCAUCUCAAACUGAAAUUGUAUCAGAGGAGAACAAGAGUUUAAUCUGGACAUUACUAAAACAAGUACGCCCAGGAAUGGACCUCUCCAAGGUGGUGCUACCUACAUUUAUUUUGGAAACACGUUCUUUUUUGGACAAACUCUCUGACUAUUACUAUCAUGCAGACUUCUUAUCUGAGGCUGCCAUUGAAGAGAAUGCUUACAAUCGUAUGAAGCAAGUUGUGAAAUGGUAUUUGUCAGGAUUCUACAAGAAGCCAAAGGGACUAAAAAAACCCUAUAAUCCUAUACUUGGUGAGACCUACCGUUGUAUGUGGAUUCAUCCGAGGACAAAUAGCAAGACUUUUUAUAUUGCUGAACAGGUGUCUCAUCAUCCUCCAAUAUCUGCCUUCUAUGUAAGCAACCGAAAGGAUGGAUUUUGCCUUAGUGGUAAUAUUUUGGCCAAAUCCAAAUUUUAUGGAAAUUCUUUAUCUGCCAUUCUGGAGGGUGAAGGGCGACUGAUGUUCCUAAAUAGAGGAGAGGAAUAUGUAAUGACAAUGCCAUAUGCACAUUGUAAAGGAAUUCUGUAUGGAACAAUGACUUUAGAGCUUGGGGGAACAGUCUACAUUGCAUGUGAAAAAACUGGAUAUAGUGCUGCACUUGAAUUCAAAUUAAAGCCAUUUUUAGGCAACAAUGACAGUGUUAAUCAAAUAUUGGGGAAAAUAAAACUGGGCAAAGAAGUUUUGGCUACUCUAGAGGGCCAUUGGGACAGUGAAGUUAUUAUUAGGGAUAAAAAAACAGAUGUUUCAGAGACAUUCUGGAAUCCAACACCUGAAAUCAGACAGCACAGAUUAAGAAGAUACACAGUGAAGUUUGAGGAGCAAAGUGACUUUGAAUCAGAGAAACUUUGGCAACAUGUGACGCGUGCUAUAAACAACAAAGACCAAGCAGAAGCAACGCAGGAGAAAUGUGUUUUGGAGGACGCUCAGAGAAAAGCUGCCAAAGAAAGGAAACUCCACGAUGAAGAGUGGAUAUGCAGACUAUUUGAGCAAGAUGUACUCACAGGAGAAUGGAAUUACAAAUACUCAGAUACAAGACCAUGGGAUCCACUGAAUGAUAUGAUACAAUUCGAAAAAGAUGGUGCCAUCCAGACAAAAGUCAGACAUCGGACACCAAUGGUUAGUGUUGCAAAAAUUAAGAGGUCUACUACAUCAAAGAAAGGAGAGUGUGGCUUCUCCUCGCCAGAACCUGAUAAUCAGGACUCCUCUGGAAGUGAAGCACAUCUCAAGCACAGUACAAGAAUCCGGAAGAAGAUGGUAGACCUCGGAGAACUUCAAAGUGCCAUUGAAUCUAUACGGGAGACUCAGGAAGAAAUUCGAAGGGACAUUACGGCUCUUCGAACCCGAAUGACUUCAAACUCACCAACUCAAGAUAAUUUUUUUCAGUUCAAGCACUAUGUCUUCAUUUUGCUGAUGAUUCUCCUGCAGCUUAUCAUUAAUUACUGGUUUAAGUAGAAUGCCUGGGAAGAAGAAUACAUGAAAUGAGAAUGAUUAUAUUUUUCUGGGACCAUAUUUUAAGUUUGGGUUGACUUCACAUAAUGCAAUAUUAUCCAAAAGAUAAGAGACCAGAGAGUAAGAUUUAGGCCUUUAUUGACAAUGCUUGUGCUUACAUGGAGCAACGUCUGUGAUAUUCCGCCCUAGCCAGAUGACAUGGACAGUACAUAUGUGCCAGUACCUUACUCUUUGUGACUUUCAGAUGCCGGAUACCUGCCUUGCAUAUUCCGGUAUGUUGUAUGCUACAGUGACAUAAACCAGUGCAGAAAAUGUCAGCCUGGUAAUUCAAAGACAUAUUUUUGUUGUAACCAAAUAAUCCCCACUGGUGAUGUUGACAGCACUAAGUUUAAUAGAAACUGUGAUCCUAGUUCAUUAGAAAACGUAUAUUGAUGUCAACUUGAUAUAUUCAGUCUUAUAAAGAAUAAAUUAUUCAGCUGUUCUUGCCAUUAAAAGGCACUAGAUUACUAGUCCAUCAGCAUUUCAUUAAUCCUGUUACAUUUCAGUGAUUUACUCCUUAGCU